GCCGCCGGAAGCCGAUGCAAAGCCCGACAGGCACUCGUCUUCUUCUUCUUCAUCGUCGUCACGGUCACGGGGGUCCUCGGUCGGGAUCGUGUUAAACCUCGACGCGGGCGAGAUGAGCACCCUGCUGGUAACGACACCGCCGGACGACGACGACGAUGCCACCGCCAAUGCCGGUCCCGGCGCCGCAGAGGUGAUUGUUGCAAAACCGGACGACUGGGUGUCAUGGCCGGAAUCGCCGCCAAAGGCCAUCGUCGACACGGCAUUGGUGGGGCCGAUGACGCAGGCGCCGGGGGCGCAGACGAUGGCGAAGCCGGACAAUGGCGGCGUUGGCGGGACGUUCAACCCGGACAGGAUCCCGGCGUCCAUCUUCCAGGCGAAGCAGGCGGAGUGGAGCAUCACGUCCAACGAGUCGCUCUUCAGCAUCCACGGCGCCAGCCACAGCCAGUCCGACGACUUCUACAACAGUGGCGGCGCCGCCGCCAGCAGGUCCCACUUUGACCACUUCUACGACGAGGCCAUGGCGGCCGGCGGUGGGGAGCAGCCAGGCUGGAGGAUGCCGGCGCUCGAGGAGGUAGCGGAGGGCGGCGCUAUGCCGGGCAGCGGGGGCUCCGACGAUAGCAGCCAGGCCAAGAAGGCCAUGGCUUUCCGCCGCCACGAGAGCGGCUCCGCCGGCAGCUCCAGCAACUUUUCCUUCGCCUUCCCAAUACUGGCGGAGACGUCGCCGAGGAAGAAGGAGAGCGUGGGCGGGUACCAGCAGCUGAGGAAGGAGUACGACCAGUCGUUGCCGGCGACCCCGGUGGACCGGAAGUUGGCGUUCGAGGAGAUGACGACCGAGGAGGAGCGGCGGCGGAGGAAGCCGGGGUGGUGCGGCUGCGGGGAGUGCUGCUGCGGCUGCUGCUGGAUCGAAUGCCCGGCCUGGUCUUCCUGCUGCUGCUGUUGCCAAUGGCGAUGGCGCUGCUGCUCCUGCCCCAGCUUCUGCCGGUGCACUUGCUGCCUCUGAGAGAAGAACUGGCGGGAAAGAUUAAGCAACCAACCAUAGAUUUGAUCAUUUCAGGAGGUAGUAGAUCCCAUUCUGCCUAGGAGGGGAGGAUUAAGCAUGUCAUACGGGACGGCCAGGGACAUUUCAGGAGAUGUGCAUAAACGCCGCGGCGGGACAGGAAUGAUACAGAGGUGUGCAGGGAGAGAUACAGUGUACAAUGUUGACAUGGGGUGCAUAGUGCAACUACUGAUCAUUUUCUUUCUGUUCCAUCCACAUGCUAACAAUACAGAAUUCGAU